AUGUUAAUCACAGAAGACUUGUGUAUCAAAAUCUUGGACAAGUGCCCAGAUAUCAAACAAUUGAAAAAGAUACAUUGUAGGUUAAUUAUUGAUGGAAACCUCGUCUCAGCAUCGCAUAUUGCUCUGAAAUUAAUGAAAGCUUAUUCUGAAUGUCGCCAAAUCGCAGUUACCCGCCAACUGUUUGACGAAUUUCCUCAAAAAGAUGUAGUCUUCUUCAAUGUGAUGAUUAGAAGCUACGUAAACAAUGAAUUCUACGAAAAAGCACUUCGUAUGUACAGAAGCAUGUUCAAGUUCAACAUUAACCCUGAUCAUUUUACAGUUCCUCAAGUUCUAAAAGCAUGUUCCGUGUCUGAGAAUUUGUGGGUCGGAUUACAAACCCAUGUUGCUGUUCUCAAGAAGGGUCUGCAUUCAAAUCUUUAUGUAGGGAAUGGAUUGAUCACAAUGUAUGGAAAAUGUAACCAGUUACUGGAAGGACGCCAGGUGUUUGAUGAAAUGCCUAGUAGAGAUAUCGUCUCCUGGAAUGCUAUGGUUGCUGCCUACGCCCAAAACCGGAUGUUUGAAGAUGCAUUGGAGAUUUGUAAGACAAUGAUGCAAUGUUCUACCUCAAAACCUAACGCAGGCACCAUGGCCAGCCUUUCCCCUGCUUUAACAACUUCUACUUCAUCUACCAACGUGAUGUUUAUGAAAGAAAUGUUCAUGAAUCACGCUCGAGAGAGUUUAAUUUCAUGGAAUGUCAUGAUAGCUGUGUAUGUCAAUAACUCGAUGCCUAAAGAUGCAGUUAAUCUUUAUCAACAAAUGGAGAAUUACGGAAUCGACCCGGAUUCAAUCACAGUUGCUAGUAUCCUACCCGCUUGUGGAGAUCUUUCAGCUUUAUUACUAGGAAGAAAGAUUCAUUCAUAUGUAAAAACAAAAAGGCUUCUUCCUAAUCUAAUAGUAGAGAACGCCUUGAUUGACAUGUAUGCUAAAUGUGGAUCUUUAAACGAAGCACGCAAGGUGUUCGAUGAAAUGCCAACAAGAGAUGUCGUCUCCUGGACUUCCAUGGUCUCUGCUUAUGGCAUGACUGGAGAUGGUGAAACUGCUAUCACAGUCUUUUCAAAUAUGCAAAAUUCCGGAAUCGCCCCUGAUUCCAUUUCCUUUGUUCCAGUUCUAUCAGCCUGCAGCCAUUCCGGAUUACUAAACCAAGGAAAACAUUUCUUCAAAUUGAUGACUGAAGAGUAUAACAUCAUUCCAAGACUCGAACACUUGGCGUGCAUGGUUGAUUUGCUAGGAAGAUCAGGAAGAAUCAAUGAAGCUUAUGAUUUUAUAAAGAAAAUGAAAACAAAACCAAAUGAUAGAAUCUGGGGUGCUUUGUUAAGUGCUUGUAAAGUUCAUUCCAACAUGGAAAUUGGUCUUGUAGCAGCAGAUCAUCUCUUUGAAUUGGUCCCUGAACAAGCAGGGUAUUAUGUUUUAUUAUCAAAUAUAUACGCAAAAGCAGGUAGAUUUAAAGAUGUGACAACUAUUCGUUCAAUCAUGAAAUCAAAAGGAGUGAAAAAAGAGCCUGGUGUUAGUAAUGUUGAGCUUAAUAAUCAAGUUCAUUCGUUUCUUGCUGGAGAUCAAUCUCAUCCACAAUCUAAACAGAUUUAUCAAGAGUUGGAAGUACUUGUGGGGAAGAUGAGGGAUUUUGGGUAUGUGCCUGAGGUGGAUUCUGCACUUCAUGAUAUAGAAGAUGAAGAUAAAGGAAAUCAUCUUGCUGUUCAUAGUGAGAAGCUUGCUAUUGUGUUUGUGAUUAUAAAUACUGAAGCUUUUACGCCUAUACGGAUUACUAAAAAUCUACGUGUUUGUGAGGAUUGUCAUAUUGCUGCUAAGCUUAUUUCCAAGAUUGUUGAGCGGGAAAUUAUUCUUCGGGAUACAAAUCGGUUUCAUCAUUUCAAGAACGGGAUUUGCUCGUGUGGUGAUUAUUGGUGA